UUUUUUUCAAUUCAAUGACCAGCAAACUAUCGCGCCCGCGCACGUACACCAGAGUAUUUUAUGGGAACGUGUACGUGCGCGCGCCUCCAUACUCUUUGUGUGGCGGCGCAGAGAGAAACGCGGAGAGAAAGCCAUGGCGGACGAAAAACCCAAGGAAGGUGUGAAGACAGAAAACAAUGAUCACAUCAACCUGAAGGUUGCGGGGCAGGACGGCUCGGUGGUGCAGUUCAAGAUCAAGAGGCACACGCCGCUCAGCAAACUCAUGAAGGCGUACUGUGAGAGACAGGGGUUGACAAUGAGGCAAAUUCGGUUCCGGUUCGAUGGGCAGCCUAUCAACGAAACAGAUACACCUGCACAGUUGGAAAUGGAGGAUGAAGAUACAAUCGAUGUUUUUCAGCAGCAGACAGGAGGCCUCUUUUAAAAGCAUCAAGUGCCCCCCCCCCACCCCACACACACACACACCCUGUUUCCAAAUACUGUCCCUUUCAAACUGCUAUUGUCAUUGCAGAAUAUGUACCAUACUAAAGAAGACCUUUUCGGUUUCACAUAAAUACUGUUGUAUAGUGUUUUCAUCCUUGCUUUUUUCUUUUCUUUUUGUACAUAAACCUCAGCUGGCAGAUUGCAUACAUUUAGUUAUUCUGAAAUAAUUAUCUCAUGAUUACUGAAAUGAACCAGCGAUUCAGGCCCAAAAUAUCUUUUGAAAGAUAAAAUCCAGUAAAUUAUUUUACAUCACGUUCACAGUGAGAAUGGAAAUUUGCUGGUUAGCAGACAUUGUUUUCUGUUAUCUGUUUCAAGAGAUGGAUUUUAUAUCUUUUUUUUUUAUAUUUUAGUGGAUGUGUAGAAUAAAAGUUGUCUUAAACAUAGAUCGAUUUGGCCACAUUUAAAAUAAAGAACCCUGGUAAAGGGUUUUAGUCAACAUCUGUAUUGUUUAAUAAAUUUCUUGUUAAAGAAAAAAA